AUGUUGUCCACCAGAACAUCACGGGUAGCUUCGGCAGUGGCCAAGAAAUUUCAACAACAAUCGGUCCGUUCCAUGGGUACCGCCAAGUCCUUUCACUUGGAAUCUCCCAACAACAAGGCCGAAACUUACUUUGAUUUCAGUGAAGAAAACUAUGUGCGGGUCAACCAGGUCCUCCAAAAGUACCCCGACAAUUACCGCCAAGCUGCCAUGAUUCCCCUCUUGGAUUUGGCCCAACGCCAAGCAGGUGGAUGGUUGCCAUUGGCGGCCAUGGACAAGGUGGCCCAAAUUUGUCACGUGGCUCCGGUCCGAGUUUACGAAGUGGCAUCCUUUUACACAAUGUUCAACCGUACCCCGGUGGGCAAGUAUUUUAUGCAAGUUUGUGGAACGACUCCCUGCAUGAUUUGUGGAAGUGAGGAAAUCAUGCAAACCAUUCAGAAUCAUUUGGGAAUAAAGAAUGGAGAAACUACCAAAGAUGGUUACUUUACACUACUCGAAGUCGAAUGUUUGGGGGCCUGUGCCAAUGCUCCCAUGGUCCAAAUCAACGAUGAUUACUAUGAGUGCUUGAGCAAGGACAGCAUGAUUGAAUUGCUAGAACUAAUGAAGCAAGAUAAGCUUCCAGAAGUAGGCAAGUGGGGAUCACUCCCAAUGAAUGGACAAGUCAGUUGCGAAGGGCCAUUGGGAAAGCGUUCUUUGUUGAAGCCACCUGUGCCACCCAAGGUGGAUCCCGAACGCUUCAAGGCUGGUGAAGUGGAUCCAGCAAGUGUCAAGACACACAUGGCGUACUAA